AUGGCGAUUGAUCAGGUAGUUAUUAAAUAUUCUUUAUUGAAACUUCUUGUAUUUCAGAGGGAAGAAACAGCAUUGGCCAACGUUUUUCUCAGCUGCAAGAGAAUAAUUUUAAAGCCAUGUAAGUUGUCCGGGGCCGUGAUCAUGUUUGCUCAGUAUGUGCAGGGAGGCACGUUUGGGAGAGCAGUGAAAAUGGCUGAGGACGUCACCGCCCUCGCCAAAAGCUGCGCUGCUGCCGACAGCGCCAGCCCCGACUGCCUGAAGCCGCUGCACAGGAUUUUCCUCGAUACAAUAUGCCAGGAGGAAAACCUUCCCACGUUUACUGACUGCUGUGCUAAAGAGGAUCCUGAAAGAAACGACUGCUUCCUCUCCCUUAAAAAUUCAUCAAGAGGGCUCAUUUCUCCUUUUGAAAGGCCAAACGCUGAAGCUGCCUGCAAAAACCAUUCACAGCAUCAAGAUUCACUGACAGGAUACUUUAUCUAUGAGGUAUCCAGAAGACAUCCCUUCCUCUACGCCCCAACGAUCCUCUCUGUGGCUCUCCGUUACGACGAGAUGAUGAGGAACUGCUGCGGACGUGCUGAAGACCCCGCUCGUGACCUGGAGGAAUGCUUUCGCAGACAGGCACCAAAGGUGGUAAAGCCGAUAAAAGAAGAUGGCCUGAGGCAGGAACACACCUGUGGGAUCCUGAAGAAGUUUGGGGAAAGGACCAUAAAGGCUCUGAAACUUGUUCAGAUAAGCCAAAAAUUCCCCAAAGCUGACUUUGGUACGGUUCACAAGCUAGUGACGGCUGUUGCUGCCAUGCACGAGGCCUGCUGUCGUGGAGACAUGCUGGACUGCAUGCACAAUAGGGAAGAGAUCCUACACUACGUCUGCACCAACCAAGCCAGCAUAUCAAGUAAAAUCAAGAAGUGCUGUGAAAAGCCUCUGUUACAAAGAAGUGAAUGCAUAGUGAAUGCAGAGAAUGACGACAGACCUGCAGACUUGUCCCCCCACGUCAGGGAGUUUAUAGAAGACAAAGGAAUAUGUGAACGCUUUGCCCAGGAGAAAGAUCAGCACUUAGCCAGGUUUCUGUACGAAUAUUCCAGGAGACACCCCGAGUUUUCUGCUCAGAUGCUGUUAAGAAUUGGUAAAGGCUACGAGGACCUACUGAAGGAGUGCUGCAAAAGUGCUUCUCCAGUCGCCUGCUGCAGGAGAGGGGAGGAAGAACUGAAGAAACACAUUUAUGAAACGGAAAGUGUCAUGAAGACGAGCUGUGACAUUUACAAGGAGAAGGGAGAUUACUAUUUCCAGAACGAGUAUAUCAAAUUCACCAAGCAAAUGACUACAAUCGGCUCCAAGUGCUGCCAGUUAAGCCAGGACAAGCUUCUGCCUUGUGCUGAGGAAAACGUGAGUCUAAAGCUGGACCUCGUGCUUGGAGAGAUUUGUACAAGACACCUGAGCAAUCCUAUAAACCCAGGCGUUUGCCACUGCUGCAGCAGCUCCUACGCUCUCAGGAGGCCCUGCAUGGGCAAACUGGAACUGGACGAGAAUUACGUGCCCUUGUCAUUGACUCCUGGCCUCUUCACCUUCCAUGAGGACUUGUGCACAACCGAAGAGGAGAAGUUACAGCACAAGAAGCAGGAGUAAGACACGACAGCUUUACUCUGUUACCCCUGGCUUGCUCUGCUUUUCUGCAGGAUGCUCAUCAACCUCAUCAAGCACAAGCCCCAGAUCUCCCAGGAGCAGCUGACGUCCGUCACGGCUGCCUUCACCGCCAUGCGGGAACGGUGCUGCAAAGAGGAGAGCCCUGAGGCGUGUUUCGGGAAAGAGGGUCCAGAACUCAUACAAAGAAGUGAAAAAAUGUUGUCAGCAUGA